AUGAGUAGCCCUAAGCGCAGAAUCGAGACCGAUGUCAUGAAGAUGCUCAUGAGUGACUACGAAGUGACUCUGGUCAACGAUAAUAGUACGUCUGACCUUUCUGGGAUAUACCUCAAACCACUGACUUUAAAAUCUAGUGUAUGUUUCUUCUACCCGCUGUACCGAUAUGCUUGGAGUUUCGAGAUACCAAUAUUUGUGAAUAGGCAAGAAUUCUAUGUCCGAUUUAAGGGUCCGGAGGAGACACCAUUUACCGGAGGCCACUGGAAGAUCCACGUCGAACUGCCCGACCAGUACCCAUACAAGAGCCCUAGUAUUGGGUUCGUCAACCGCAUCUUCCACCCGAACAUCGAUGAGCUGUCCGGAUCAGUCUGCCUUGAUGUCAUCAACCAGACAUGGUCGCCAAUGUACGACAUGCUCAACAUCUUCGAAGUUUUCCUUCCUCAGCUCCUCCGUUACCCCAACCCAUCAGACCCGCUCAACGGCGAGGCUGCGGCGCUCAUGAUGCGGGAGCCAAAGGCGUACGAGGCAAAGGUCAAAGAAUACGUUGCCAAGUACGCCAGCAAGGAAGCCGUGGAUGAGGCAGGCGAGGACACCGAGUCUGAGGAUGAGCUGAGCUCAGCCGGAAGCUACGAAUCCGGCGGCGAAGAGCCGGCCGGUACGAUGGAUGAUGUCUAA